UGAGCGACGAAAUUCUUUGACUGACGCUUUUUGGACCGCGACAGAGAGGGAAAAGGCAGAAGAAUUCGGCUCAUAUCUCACCAAAUGUUGAUCGAAAGCAUGUGAACAUCCACUUUCGAUCAUUAAUUCUUGUGGAACUACGAUAGCUUUUAAAGUAAUUCAAGAUGAGUACCAUACUGAAGUAUGUGGUUGAGCAACUCAACAAAGAACCCUACAGGAGGAACUACAAUCUGAUCAGCUUUGAUGCCUUAGAGCCCCUUCAACUGCUGCAGGUUCUCAAUGAUGUCUUAUCCGAAGUCAAUCCACAGCAUAAGCUUGAUAUCAGAGAGGAAACGCCUGAUGCUACAGCCAUGAGAAUGUUAUCUGAACUCAGAGUCCUAAAAUACAAGCCUACGGUUGAGCCGGCUACCUUUCGGCAGGGCUUAGUAGCCGGCAACAAGCCAGUGGUCUACUCCAUCUUAGAAUGGCUCUUCCAGAAGAUGCCCGAGUUGAAGAAGAGGGCGUAUCUGGCCAGGUUUCUCGUGAAGAUUGAAGUACCAGGAGAGAUUCUUGCAGAGGACGCCGUCAUGGAUACAUACUCUCAGUACGAGGCGCAGGUCGAUGCAUUCAUGGAGCUGCACAGGACUUCGGAGUCUCUGAAGACGUCAGGUUUCUCAACGACAGAGAUCAAGAAAGACAUCUCACAGAUGGAAGAUGAGAAAGACCAACUCGCAAAGAGGAUCGAGAGACUGAAGAAAAAGGUGGAGACCGUACCCAACUACGAGCAUAUGAUGUCUAUCGCAAGGAACUUCAGGAAGGAGCAGGAAAGGGAGGCAUCACUGGCACAGCAGAGACAAGAACAGAAGAACCAGCUGCACCAUGCCGAGCAGAGACUACAGCGAAUGAAGCAGCAACUCAAGGACUUGAAGCAGUCUACAGUUGGAGUAUCAGCUGAUGACUUGGUGAAAAAGCUUGAUGAGGAGAAUAAGGUCAAUGCUUACAUGUGCGAGGAAAAGCUUCCGAAGGACUUGGAGACUCUGAGGAAAGCUUGCCAGGAUCUUGAGAGGGUCGUCAACGAGCCAGCCAUGGGACAGGGAGAUCUAGAGGAGAUACAGACUCAGAUCAAAGCUGUCAACUCUGAAGUGAACGCCCUAAUCGAGAAGCGAAUGAUGAGCAAUGACCCCAAGGAUGACAAGCUUUCCCUCUUUCGUCAACAAGCGUCCAUCAUUGCCCGGAAGAAGGAAGGUCGAGCGGAUGGUCUGCAUGAGGCCAAGGAGGAGCUAGUGCAAGCCAAGCAGGAGCUGGUAGAGAAGAGGGAGUCAGCCAAAAAUCUAGAAGGAGAGGAGGUCUUGAAAGGGGAUGAUUUCAAGCGCUACGUCAACAAGCUACGUGGUAAGAGCACGGACUACAAGAGGAAACGUCAAGAGUUGGCAGAGCUGCGUGCUGAGCUUGGUGUACUCUCCAGGACAGAGGAAAUUCUCAAGCAACGAGACGAACAGAUACAACACCGUCUGUCCAAACUGGAAGCAAAGAAGGGCGUGGCCGGUUACCAUGACACCCAGGAGGAGUUGGAGAAGGUGUCUACAAUCAAGAGUGAGUUGGAUGAUGUCAAAGGUCGUACUCUGGAGGACAUGUCACAUCUGGUGCAAAAGCUGAAUACGAGCAUAGCAUCCAAGAAGGCGAACCUGGCACCGAUCAUUAAGGAGCUGCGCCCUCUACGUCAGCAGGCGCAAGAGAUGCAGGUGGUUUACGACGAUAAGAAGACGGCAUACGAUACCAAGGCGGCCGGGCUGGAGAGCAAUCGCUCUAAACUUGAACAGGAGGUGAGAGCUUAUCGUGAGGAGUGCAGUCAGGAGGAGAGCCGAUACCACUACCUUCAUUGCAUGCUGCAGAUGGUUGAGAUGCAGAACCAGCGGGUAGCCAGCGAGAUGAAAGCAUACACGUCCGCAGAUCAGAUGGAGAAGAAGAAGGCAUUCAGGGAUCAGUAUACACGCAAGCUACAGGAACAGGAGAAUUUGGGAAAGAGUUUACGUGACAAGCAGAAAGCAGUGAAAGAGAGACAUGGACCAAGCAUGAAGCAGAUGACGAUGUGGGGUGACUUCCAGGCCUUGAUGGAAUGCAAGAAACAAUGUUUCCUACAUCAGAAACAGGACCAAGACGCUGGGAGAAUGGUCAGGGACGAGGCUGCCAAUGAAGAGAGGCUUGUCCUCUAG